AUGUGUACAGGAAAAUGUGCCAAGUUCAUCGGGAUCGCCCUCUACCCCUUAGUUCUCAUCUCCCUCAUCGCCAACAUAAUCCAAUUCUUCCCGGGAUGGGAGAUCGAUCCUAUCAGCAACCCAUCGAACCAGAUGACACCAGAAGUUCUAUACCUGGGCGGAGUCAUCGGAGGUGGAUUACUGGUACUGAUUCCAGCCAUCCACAUUCAGGCCACAGGACGGCAAGAAGGAUGUUGUAAUAACCGUUGUGGGAUGUUCCUGUCAAUCAUCUUUGCCGCUAUAGGAGUUGCUGGAUCCGUCUACGGCUUUGCCGUGUCCGUUGUGGGCAUGGUGAAGGGACCCACUUGCCUGUAUCAAAACUCAACCACCACAGUAACGUGGGGGCGACCCUUUUAUACAGAGCUUGAUAAAUUCAGUAACGAAAGCUACUUGUUCAACCAUGAUUUGUGGAGCAUCUGCAAGUUUCCCGCGGAUGUAACACUGUUUAACGUCGUCCUGUUCUCCAUCGUGCUGAGCACCACCGGGAUCUCCCUCGUCCUCUGUGUGAUCCAGAUGUUGAACGGUUUGUUCGGAUGCUGCUGCGGAACCUGCCGGGAUAAGAAAUAA